CACACUUCACUUUCUUUCGCGCCCCACGCUGUCACGAGACGGCCCUCACCACCAUGCCCUCCCUUAGCAGCAAAGGGAAAUCAAAAAACCCCUCGCGGCCGUCUGUGGCUCCCCGGAGCCGCAACACCACUCCCCUGCCGCCCAGCAAUGUCCGCGCCUCGGUCGAGCCUGCGUCGUCGUCCACGUCGUACUUCCGCACCAGCAUAGUCGCCCUGUCAAAGGACUGCCAUGUCUCUCUCGAGGAGCUGCUUGAUCGCGGCGGGAGCGUGUCCCAGAUCCCGUCUGUGGCCAGCCUGAACGGCAUGCGCGAGACCAUCCAGAAGCGAGUGCUGGAACACGUCCGCAUCCGCGGCGAAGUCUCGGAUCGAGUUUUGCGGGAGCUUCAAAAGAGCAGGAGCCAGCGGACUGCCCAUGACCGUGAGAGGGAGCGGGAAAGAGCGGCCGAUAAGGAAGCCGAAGAGCGCAAGCACAAGCUGAAGAAAAUCAGCAAGAAGAGGGAGCCCGACGACCAUCGUCCGCUUGCGGUAGGCGCACAUGGCGUCGCCAGACAGGACGGCAUCGAUGUCCACAAAGACAAUUCAUCGACUAUCUCCUCUCCCAUUUCUCAGGCACCGCCUUCGGCCACCGGGACUGGUCCUGCCGAUGCGCCUUCUCCGAGUAUCUCUGAGGCUUCUCACCAGCCCCCCCCGGCCCCAGCAAUACCGCAGUUCCAGACAUUCGGCCCUGACCCAUCUAAGUUUGACGACCCUACAAUCUACCAUAUCCGCGAUGUCACACCUGGCAUGACGGAAGAGGAGAUCAAAGAAAUUUAUUGCGUUGCCGAAUACCCUCCCUCUGACUUGCACGACCUCACCCCUGGGACCCCGCCAGAUAAGGACUUCUCCAACGCGAAGCCCGCAUCUCAAGUCAACGCUACUGUAUUUGCCAAUUACGUGGAACCAUAUAUCCGUCCCUUGACCGAAGAAGAUGUUGCCUUCCUUAGGGAACGUGGCGAUCGGAUAGGCCCAUUUGUUCUCCCUCGACGCGGUCUGAGGCAUUACAAGGAUAUAUGGGCAGACGAAGACGGCGCCAUGAAUCUCGACGGUAACGACGUCCGUCUUCCGCCCAACGAACCCCGCGGCACCUUUGAGAACAUGACAGAGGAGCUCGCAGAGACCGAUGAGAUUUCCGCUGGCCCACUAGUCUCCCGUUUGCUAAGCACACUACGUCCCGAAGGCCGAGGUAACCCGAGCGCUGCUAACGAAACAAAUGGCGUUAACGGAGACGCAAUGGACAUUGACGAAGGUCCCACCGUCCCCGGAGCAGACUCCAACAGCCACUCCCUACCCGCUGCCUCCCAACUCUUAGAAUUUCAGCAAGUGGGUUGGAAAGCGCCUCCCGUAGUUGGCAAAACCGACUAUGCCUCCCUAGAUGACCGCAUCCUCCUCGAACUACGGCACUUCGGCCUCAUCGCAGAGGGUGACGAAGCGAGCUACGAAUCGCACUUUGAUGACGAGGUCGCCGCACGCUUACGAUUCCUCCAAGCAGAGUUGCGGAAACAAAGUAUCAUCAACGGAGCCCGGAAGCAGCGGUUACUCGAAUUGACAGAAGAGCGCAUGGCGCAGCAAGAAUACAAUACCAUUGCUGACGACCUUGACAAUCAACUUAAUGCCGCGUACCUAAAACGCAAUCGUAACCUUGGCAAAGGUAAAAAGCAGACCAAGCGACCUGGUGGAGCAGGAGGUGGCUCACAUCCAGUACCUAACGCGGGAAUCAGCAGACCCGGCGUGGGAGAGCCUAUCCGGACCCUCAUGGACCGAAAGAGCCAGUGGAAUAAUACGAUUGGGCCGGUCGUUAAUUAUGGAAAGACGGGUCUACCCACCGAGACGAUAUUCCCCGUGGAGAAGAUGAAGAUGCUAGAGGAGAGGGAAGUCGAGAUGUGGAAUGAAGGGGAAGAGUAAGCGGGGCGGGUCGCCUUUGUCCCUUUUGGAGUCUAUUUGGUGUUGGUACUCGGAUAUGGGAGUAGGGAAUGGCUUUCCCUGGGCUGGAUAGCUUCGCAGUGGCGUUUGGCUCGGUCUUUCAUGGAUUAACGAUGGGUUUGCCAGGUGCAUACGGGAAUGUGAUCAAAUCAUCGCUCGGUGUAAAGGAAGCAGCUCGCUGGAACUGUUGUGCGACAGGUAGACGAAGGUGGAAAUAUUUCGUCUAUAUACUGGAGCUUAAGCACAAACGGGUAAAUUUGUUUGACCCGUAAGCACAAUAAUACAAACGUAAACCAACCCCCGUAUAUUAAGAAUGAUAUUUCUAGAACUAUCUUGCGCGCCGAGGGAAUGCAGGAAAUAGUU